AUGGCGAGACUGCGUGAAUCCACAGAGUAUGAAGGUAAAGCCUGGAUUGGACUGUUCAGCAACCCAGGAAAAGAAAACAGGAUGUGGCAUUGGUCUCUGCCAGGGGUGAAAUACACUGAACAUGAAACCAGAUGGGGACCUUCUCAACCAGAUGAUCUAUAUGAGAACUGUGUGAAGACAAGAGAAAACUGGACACAUGCCAGAUGUGACCACACUUUGUGGUUCAUCUGCUACGAUGGAAAGAAGAGAGACGGUAAAUCGAUCCAUUUGAUUGAGAAGAAGAUAACCUGGACAAAGGCUCAGAACUACUGCAGAGAUCACUGCACUGACCUGGCCAGUGGACUCGAUCAGGUGGAUGGGGAAGAAUUUAAGAUCCUGAAGGAGUCUCAGAGCUCUCCGAUGACUGUGUGGAUCGGCCUGUUCAGAGACACCUGGAGGUGGUCAGAUGGAAGUAAUUUCUCUUUCAGGCACUGGGAUAUGGAGUUAUUUUAUGAUGGACAAAACAACAGGAAAUGUGCUGUGACUCUGUUAAACAGAUCAGGAAAAUGGAGCUCUGAUGAAUGCAACAACAAAAAUCCUUUCUUCUGUUAUGAUG